AUGAUUCGCUUUAUAGCGUUUUUCACCAUCAUCCACGUUAUUUUGGGAUGCGGUCCUGCGACAGGACCACUACUACCGGCAAUGGUUGCCCUGUUCACUGAUGAAAAUUUCGACGCAGCAAAAACUGCCUACUACAAAUCAUUGGCAACAGAUCUAAUGAAGAAUGUCUUUAGUAAAUAUGGGCUCCCAUACAUAGAAGGUUGGGCGCAAAUAACACCACGAAAUGACGGCGGGAUGGUCACUAUAGAUGUGAAGAUUUCGAGUGUGGAUUGUGGACAGCUACAUCAACUUGUCACUCUGCUGAAGAAUGAAAUCUUCCUCAUCGAAUACGCGGGUUACCGAUGUGGAUCGAAUCCUAUAGUUUAUGUACGAUAA